CCUCUAUGAGCUUGCUGUUUUAAUAUAACGGUGCAGCUCGCUCGGUUUUCCUCUCCUUCCCCCCUCCUCUUCCUCUCGACCCGGUUCGUGUGAACUCGGAUUUUGUUACUAUCAAGCUUGAAGGCUUCGGCUGCUCGCAGUUCUGCUCAGUCCUGCGAUGAGGUCCGAGAUCUGGCAACUGCAGGAAAGCCUUUGGAUCAGCUGAAGCAUUGACGGAUACACUCCUACCUCCACUGUCUUCAUCAGUGCCGCGCUUCAGAUGGGAGGACAUCAGUUGCUGAUCCGCUUCACCCAAAUGCGCUAUAUGCAUUCCCCCCUCAUGUAAUAUGGCUGCCUGUGGCCUUUUGCUGCACCUGAACACCCUGGAGUGGAGCUGCCUUUUACCAUGGUGAUCAUUUUCUCAAAGACACUGGAAAAGAAGAAGGGUGUCAAUGAUGUAACAUCCAAGAGCACCGAGAGGCGGCCGAGUGAUCUCCAGAUCAUGAGCAGAGGGACCACCCUCUUCUCCUGUGGAACUGUGGAGGCAGACAGAUGGUUUGACUUGGGGCGGAGCUGUGCCAUCCAACAGAAAACUCCAUGUCAGUCUGAUUCCAGCCUGGAGAGCCUGUGGGAUGUGAUGCCUGAACCUGUGAGCCAGCAUUGGACCAAGGAGCCAGGCAGUGCCACCGCUAUCACCAGUCUGAUUAGAGAUCUAACUCUUGGCAGUGGCCCGAUCUGCACCCAUUUGACGUCCACUUCUGCACAUUACACCGCCACAUCCACCAGCCAAGCUCCUACAGCUCCCCCAAGCAAACGCCAGUGCCGCUCCCUGUCGUUUUCUGAUGAAUUCGCCGGCUUCCGCUCAUCCUGGAGGCCCCAAGGUUCUCGAGUGUGGACAGCAGUGGAGAAGCGUAGGUGUCUCAGUGGAGGAAGUGUCAAACCAGCAGGAGGUGGGCAUUUUCCCACCAUGCAGCGCAGCUCCAGCUUUAGCUUGCCCUCACGCUCAAGCAUACAUUCAGAUGGAACCGUGGACCUGCCAUUCUUCAACCAGCAGCUGCCUCUCCACCCUCAGUUCACUGCCUCUCCAUUGUCUCCUACCUCCCCUUUCCCUCCUCAUAAUCACCACCAAUCCCACGUCUUCCUCAGACCCCUCUCGCUUUCACACGAGCAGAUUAGUCUGACAGAACUCCAGAGAGAGGAGGCAUCAGAGACCAGCUCUCCAGACUCUACCCCAGAGCUGGGGAGACGAGCUGCAAAGGGAAGUGUGAAAAAAGGGCGUCUAUCUCGGAGCAGGUCCCAGCCAUGCGUGCUGAACGACAAAAAAACUGCUAUGAAGCGCAGAAGACCAGAGGAUGCCCAGGAGCAGCGUCCCUCCCUGGACUUGGCAAAGAUGACUCAGAAACUUCAGACCUUCCAAAGCUUAAGCUGCCCUGGAUUCUCAGCCUGCGACGGCUUCCAGUCGAGCCUGCCCUCCUUUGAGUUUUCCGGCCAGUCAGAGACGGCCUUCACGGCUGUGUCCGAGCUGGGCCUGGAGUCGCGAGAGAUGGUAGACGACGACGAAGAGGAUUCUUCCUAUGAAGAGGUGGAUAGUGAUUCCGCCUGCAGCGUGGACUCGCCACCGGGAUCUCCUGCGGGCAUUCUGGACAGUAAACGCACCCUCUGGAAGGGAGAUUGUGGAACACAUAAGGACAUUUUCCAGCUUGGAGGAGAGCUGGACCUCGACCAGAUUGAAAGAAACUGAACACUUUUUGGAAGAUUUUAAGUCUGUGAGAUCUGUCAGAGAAAAUCACAAAAGAUGACCAUGUGCUGCAAGAAACUCGAUGGUUGGUUUUGAAAGGGAAAGAUGUUGAAAAGACUGAGAAAACAUGUUGCUAAAGGUUGGUUUCCUAAUGACACAAAUGCCUUGAACGUUCUUUCUGCUUAAUUGAAAAAGGAGUGUUCUUUGUUUUUGAAUUUACUGAACUCAGGAGUGGGAAAUUGAGGAUUUGUCUUAAAGAAAUCUUCCUGAUUCUCACUGUGUCUUUCUAACCUUGUGAACUUUCCAACGUUAGCUCAUCUUAGGUUUGUAGUACUGUACCAGUAGCUGGGCUCUCCCUUAUUCAGCUCCAAUGUUCUUAAAAAAGUAAUUAGAAGUUGGGGUUAAAAAAGUGUAUUCUCAGAGUUUGGCUUAGUCUUUCCUGUUAUUUUUUUAUUUUUGCACACGUGUAAACCUUUUUGUUUGAAUGUAGGCUCAAUAAGCUUUAACAAGUGUUCAAAAUAUGAAAAGUGCCUUCUUUUGGAUGCUUUUUCUUGUAGUUAUCUUCAGGAAACCUGCUCACUGAAAGCCACUGUCUCUGACAUUCAUAUGCAACGUGUACAUUUGAAUCAAACACUGAAUCUCUGCGGAGUUCAAACAGCCGUGUGUGUAUUUUUCUACGAACGUUAUGCUCUGUUUGUGAAGGAGCGAGGUUGCGUGGCCUUUCUUUUAACAGAAUGGAAAUAAAUUCACAUCCGCACUUA